UAUAUUCAUUGUCACAUUUUUUUCUCUGUGAGCUACCAUAAGAUCUUGUAUAUAUUUCCCUGUGCUAUACAGUAUAAUCUUGUUUAUCUAUUCUGCAAUUUUGAAAUCCCAGUCUAUCUCUCACAGACAUAGAAUACAAACUUGUGGUUGCCAAGGGGGCAGGGGGAGAGAUAGUAAUUUUUCUUUUAUGAGUAGAUUCCCAAAGAAAGAAGCCAACAGGCAGCAAAAUUAAUUAGUACCCACGUGUUCUGGCUGCAUGAGACCCCCUGGCCAUGUGCAGGUAGGCCUGCACCCAAGGGACAACAGACACACUGCUGAGGGCCUGCAAUGCAAACAGGAGAGUCCAGAUGCCCAGCACCCAGGGGAUGGCUGAGGAAAUUACUCUUAUGAGCCCAUUGCAGGACAGUCCACUCACAAAAAUCAGAUAUGACAGGCAUGUGCACGCGGUCAAAGCAUGUAAUCAAGUUUAGAAGUGAUGUUAAGGGGGAGGGCAAGACACAGAAUACUAUGUCCACAUGGAAUAACAUGAAUGAAGUUUCAUUGAAAAGGAUACAGGGGGAAGAUGGGAGGAAAACAAUGCACUGUUUGCUUCUUUCUUUUGUAAAGUCACAUAGCUUCAUUGACAUGACACUGGUGGGAGUGAAGGGGAGAGAAAGAGGAAGAAACACAGUCUUACCUGAGGCACUUGGCUAAUAAAGCCAAGAUUACAAUGGACAGUAGAUUGGAAGAAAUCACUCAUAGACCAAAUCCACCCGAAGUCUUGACUGGAUAGGUAAUGGACAGAGUGACUCCAUUUCCCUACACUCUGGCCAAUAGUAAGUGAUCUUAGAUAAGGUAGAAGGUAAAACAUUCAAAGAAUAAUUUUUAAAAUCACUUUGCUAUACAGAUGUGGGAAGUAAACUGAAAACUAAUUAUGAAACAAAAUGUUGUUAGUAUUCCUCAGUGUCUCCAACCAGCUUCUUAACCCUCCUCCCCUCCCCCAGGAUGCCAGUGAAGGCACCAGCCAUCUCUGCCCUGGACUUCCACAACUGUGACCAUCAUACUGAAUAAGUGAGACUCCAGAACCUCACUUUUAGUAAAGUGUUAAGUCUUGGCAGUACACGAGUCUGGGUGUCAACAGCACAAUCUACCUCAGAUCUGAUUUGAACAGAUAACCCUGGAGAUGCGUGUGACCCUCACCUACGUUUUUGGACUCUUCCUGCACCUCGAAGUAACAGAAGAAGAUAACUAGAAUUUUAGAUGUUGAACUGAAGUGAUUUAUGUGAUUUAAGCUAUUUGGAUUCUCUUAAUUAGAGUCAAAGAAAAAACAACUCCCUUAUCAAAAUCAAACAAAACCAGUAAGUGAAGCAAUCCGACUUCAGAUGUAUCAGAUAAGGCAGUAUUUUAAAUACAGAAAAUUUUAAUUAAAUUGGCAUAUUUAAGACUGAAAAGAUAAAGUGGGCACAAACCAGCACUAUCCUCAAGAACCAAAUUGUGGAUCUACCUGGUUAUCAGAGUGUAAUUUUGUAAUAAAAUCCUUCUAAUGCCUCUUUUAUUAAAUUCUCUGGAAUAGGGUUUGACAUAGGAUCACCUUUUACUAAAUUUCAAUGCAAAACAAACAAACGUAUAAGGUUGUAGGGUAUUAAAAGGACCCAUGUGAGUAACUAACAAAUCUUUGUCAGGUCACUUCCUGUUGGAGGCAGAAUAAAGGCCCCCAGUGAUGUCUAUGACAUAAUCCCCAGAUCCUGUGAAUAUGUUAUGUUCUGUGGCAAGGGAGAAUUAGGUUGUAUAUGCAAUUAAAAUUGCUAAUCAGCUGACACUGAGGUAGGAAGAGUACCCUGAAUUAUUCAGAUGGACCCAAUGUAAUCACAAGGGUUCUUAUAAAUGAAAGAGAGAAACAGGAAAGUCGGGGUCAGAGUCAGAGUUUUGAAAAUACUACUCUGUAUAAAAUAAAUAAGCUACAAGUGUAUGCUGUACAGCACAAGGAAUAAAGUCAAUAUUUUAUAAUAACUUUAAAUGGAGUAUAAUCUACAAAAUUAUUGAAUCACUAUGUUGUACACCUGAAACUAAUAUAAUAUUGUAAAUCAACUAUGCUUCAAUUAAAAAAAAAAAAACACUAUGUAUAAUUUUUUUUUUAAGAGAGAGCUUUGAAGAUGCUAUGCUCCGGCUUUGAAGAUGGAGGAAGAGAACAUAAGCCAAGGAAUGUAAAAUCUACAAUGAAUUUAAGAAGAAAAUUGAAAUUUGAGCUCGUGAAUGGCAUAUCCAAGAUAUCUGCUACCACCUAGUGGACAAUAGUUGAAUUACAGGAAAAGCUUGCAGUGAGCUGGUUAAGGGGAAACUAAUUCAAAAUUCAAAAUUCUGGUUCUCUGGAGAAGAAAGCUCGCGAAAGAGAGACAUCGGGUCAACAAGGAAGCUGAGUCCACUCAACUAGAAAAGAAGCAAAGCCAUCAUGGCUUCAGUGUCUACUCAUGGAAACCAAAACAAAGGUCCCCAUUUGCCACCACCAAGCAAGCAGUCUGUUUUUUGUCCAAAAUCGAAACUGCACAUCCACAGAGCAGAGAUUUCAAAGAUUAUCCAGGAAUGUCAAGAAGAAAGUUUCUGGAAGAGAGCUCUGCCUUUUUCUCUCAUAAGCAUGCUUGUCACCCAAGGACUGGUCCACCAAGGUUAUUUAGCUGCUAAUCCAAGAUUUGGAUCAUUGCCUAAAGUCGCACUUGUUUCUGUCUUGGGAUUUGGCCUUGGAACGGCAUCGUACAUAAGAGAAUGCCAGAGUAAAUUCCACUCCUUUGAAGAUCAGCUGCAUGGGGCUGAUUUUGGUCCAGCGCAUAACAGGCACUGCCUGCUUACCUGUGAGGAAUGCAAAAUAAAGCAUGGAUUAAGUGAGGAGGGACGUUCACAACCUUCGGCUUCCUAAACUCUGUGGCUGUGGCUUUUGAAGUUUCUAAAAACCUCUGAAUUUGUACACAUUUAAAAUUUCAAGUGUGCUUUAAAAUAACAUACUUAUAGUGGAACAGAAACAUUCUGAUUUUUCUCACUCUAUUGAAAUGCUUUCAGUGUUAAUUCUCAAUUGACUUGAGCAUUACAUGUUUUUCUGCUACUUAAGAUCAUGUUGGGAGCAUUCACACACCAAAAGAAAUAAUGUCGCACUCUUGCUUGCUUACAGCUAAUUAAAAGAAUUAAGAGACGUAAAACAAAGAAAAAAUUCUGGUUCUCUGAAAAACUAACAAAAAUCAAACGAAAUCAACCAAAUACUAAAUGACAAAAGAGAAAUAACCAUCAAAACAGAAAUUUUUAAAGUCAUAAGCAACUACUUUGCACAUCACUAUGCAAAUACAUUUGAAAAAUUAGAUGAAAUGGAUAAUUUUCUACUAUAAUACAGUCUAUCAGAAUUGACUCCAAUUGAGAUCAAAAGCUUAAGAAGACUGAUGUCCAACUGUUCAAUUGAAAAAAAAAGGUACUCAGGUGGAAUAAACAUCUGAAGCAAGACUAUAAUUUUCUUUUAAAAUUAUUUGAAAUUGAUUGUAAUAAACAUGAACAAAUUCAACAGGAAAAAAAAAAGACAGAUGUCCAUAUAAAAAAUAGAGACAUUUACUCACAAAAAAGGCACCAGACUCAGUUUCAAAGGGAAAUUCUAUCACAUCUUCCAAGACCAGAUAGUCCUAAUACAACAUUAAUCUAGAGAUGAGAAAAAGUCCACAUUCUUUUCAUGAAUUAAAGAAUAACGCUGAUCCCUAAACCCAACAAAAAUGAUACAAAGAAAAUGACAGAGCAAUAUCACUUAUGUACAUUGAUGAAAAAAUCCAAAAUAAAAUAUUAGUAAACAGGACUCAGUA